AAAAUAAGAAGGAGGUCCAGCAUCAAACAACAACACGUAAACAUUUCUUUGGCUCCUUGCUUUCAUAACAACACCAACAUUAUAACAUCUCUAAACAUCAACAACAAAGAUUGGAAUACGGUUUAAAGAUUUUUACUUUAAUACAAAUAAUACAAUAGGGAUCUUGGAAAUAGUAGUAGACAAGUACAAAGAAAUACAUAAUAUAUUAUAAAAAAACAUCAUCAAACACAACAUCAACAACAUGAUUAACACAGGGAAGAGUGAGAGUCCUACAUUUCGGAAAGAUGCUCACUGCCCAGAGAGAAGACAUGCAGUAGUAGGCGUUGAUCCAUUCAACAAUAAUUUACAAACAAAAUCUGAAACUUUCUCUUGGCUUCAAAAAGAAAAUAACAAGACUGACGAUAAAUUCCUAUUACCAAAUAACAGCAGUUCUUCUACUGCAAAUGAUACACAUAGACUCUCUUCCGGAGAUUUGGUAAAUUCAAUUACUGUUGAAGAUGAAGGAGCAAAAAAAGUUUUGGUUGUAGAUGAUGAUCGGGUAGCUCGUCAAGUUUUAACCAAGCUCUUGGAACAACUUGGUUUUCAAGUGAAAGCUGUCGAGGGAGGUAAACAAGCAUUGGAAGUGUUAAGAGAAGAGGGUAAUAAUUAUCAUCUUCUCCUUGUAGAUGUACUCAUGCCUGAUAUGGAUGGAUUGCAACUGCUUAAAAUUUUCAGACAAGCCUACUCUGAAGACAUGCCAAUAAUUAUGGUUUCAUCAAGUGAGGACCCCGAUACAAUUAAUCAAUGUUUCCAAAGUGGAGCUGAAGACUUUUUACAAAAGCCUGUUCAAUUAGAAAUUUUGAAAAGAAGAGUUAAUAUGUGUCUUGAGGACAGACUCAGACGCAGAAAAGAAAAAGCAUAUCAAGAAAUGCUCCAAAAUGAAAGAAUCAAUAGAAAGAAACUUACACUUCGUGUAAAGGAGCAAGAAAAGGAAUUGGAAGAAAUUAAGAAUCAAAUUAAUAAUACUGUAGAAACACCAAUGCAGGUUGUUAUGAAAACCAUUGCUGAUCUUAUGGAAGGAAAGUAUUCAAUUGAAAAUUCUAAGGGAGCUUUGAUUGCUGUCCUUAGGUCACUAGGUUCUAAGGAUUUAUAUAAACCAGCAUUUUCCAAUUUAUUAAGAAAGGGAGAAUUGGACGACAAUACUAGAAGAUGGCUCCAAACAGAAUUCAUGAACGAAGGAGACAAUAAUGUAAAUGGCAACAAAUCUAACACACCAAUAUCUAAUGAAUCAUCACCAACUACCGAAAAAAAUUCACAACAAACUAAGGAGCAAUCACAAUCUUCAUCAGCAUCUAAUCAACAAGUUUCAUUAUAUCACAAGCAAGUUGAUGAUAUUGUAACCAAAAACACUUUACCAGGUGAUUUAGGAAGUCAUACAUUUGAUACUUUGAAAUACUCACAUGAUCAAUUAAUCCAAUUCAUUGUCCAAAUGUUUGAAAACUUGGGAUUAAUUGAAACAUUCAAAAUUCCACCAAAAGAACUUGUUGAUUUAUUAACAGUCGUAAGAGAAUCAUACAAACACAACCCAUACCACAAUUUUACUCAUGCUGUAGAUGUAACUCAAUUUGCUUACCACCUUCUUCUUGUAGAUAGAAUUUCACAAAUGUUUUCACCAAUGGAAAAGUUUGCUCUGAUGUUUUCUGCCAUAAUGCACGAUGUGGGACAUCCUGGAGUUAACAAUAACUAUUUAAUUAAUAUUAAGGAUGAAUUGGCUCUCAUUUACAAUGAUGUUAGCGUGUUAGAAAAUCACCAUGCAUCACAAGCCUUUUACCUCCUUCUCAAACAUAAUAUUUGCUCCAAUCUUUCCAAGGAUGAAUUCAAAGAGUUCAGAAGACUGGUUAUCAGUACAAUUUUAUGUACAGACAUGUCUCACCACUUUGAAAUUCUCACCAAGUUCCAAACAAGACUUCAAACUGGUACGCUCUCUAAGGAAAGUAAGGAAGAUAGACUCCAACUGAUGGGAGUAAUUUUAAAGUGUUCUGACGUCAGUAAUGCUCUCAGACCAUUUGACGUUUCUGAAAAGUGGUCAAAUGUCUUGUUGGAAGAAUUUUUCUUACAGGGAGACAGUGAGAGAGACCGUGGAUUACCAAUCUCUCCUCUAAUGGACAGAAGAUCUGUUGACAAACCAAAGUCCCAGCUUAACUUUAUUGAUUACAUUGCUGCACCACUUUUCAACAAUUUAAUCACUUAUUGCUCAUGCUUGAACACAACACUCGGAGAAACUUUGCAAAAAAAUAGAUCCUUGUGGGAAGAGAGGGCACAAGCUGCUUCGGGCAUGGGAAGUAAUCAACAAAAAGAAGAUAUUAGUAGUACCCAUACAACAACAACAACAAAAAAUACAAUAACUACAACAACAACAACAAAAACCUCCACUACAACAACUACAACAAAUUCACAAGAAAAACCUGUACUCACUGGAUCAAUGCCAAGUCAUUUCGCUAAAGCCAAAGGAUUUACCAUCCUGAUUAUUGAUGAUGAAAGUGCUCAAUGUGCAAAGAAAUUAGAACAACCUUUACUUUCACUUAGUUAUACAGUUGUAUCAACAACAUUAGCAAAAACCGAGAGUGAAUUAGUCAAGUCAAAAGCAGACAUUAUUCUUUUAAAUUACGAUAUUAUUGGUAUCUCCGAUUAUACCUAUAAUUACAAUUUCUUCCAAUUCUGUACAAACCGAUUGGUGCCAACAAAGUUUUGUAAGACCAGUAGACACUACAGCAUUGAUUCACUCUGUUGA